AUUAUAGAAGGCUGCUGUUGUUAGGCGGUGUGGGGGAGAAACGGCUAGUCGUGCGUUGUGCUUUCUCAAGAUAUAACAUUUCAGCUCAAUCUCUCGCUGUUGCACACAUUUUAAAGUCGUUUCGUUUCUCUCACUCUAUAAUGAGCGACAACGAAAAGGAGUUCAGGGAGCAGGUUAAGGUGGGAAGAAAGGAAAAUGGCCCAAGACGUGUCAGAUGUGACGUUUUUAAUAUUUGAAGCUGAUGGGGUUGAUGCAUGCUAAUGUUUUGGAAGCUGAAAAGAAGCGAUCAAGAUCUGGCCUCACUUCUAGUGUUGUAAUGGCAGAUGGUAAAAGGGGGAAGAGGAGGAGGAAAAAAGAAGUCAGAUUCAAACGGAAGAAAGAAGAAAUGAAGGGUUGUUAUGAAGUAAUGAAGUGAACGAAGUUAUGAAGUUAAGAUCAGAAGUAUAACUGGGACUCUCGGGGAGGCUCAAGGAGUGCAUCCCCAAGGGGCUCGGCAAAAUCCACCAGCCACUCUCCUGCACGCUCCAAAGAUGGCUCCCGGAGAUCUCAGUCCAGAUCUCGCUCUCAUUCCAGAUCAAAAUCCAGAUCAAGGUCCCAUCGGAGCUCACGCAGGCGGUACUCCCGGUCCCGUUCCCGCUCUCGGCGCAGGCGUUCAAGGAGCCGCUCUCGAAGCUCGGAUUACCGUAGACGCAGGAGCCAUAGCCACUCCCCCAUGUCGAAUCGGCGCAGGCACAUUGGCAACAGGGCCAACCCAGAUCCCAGCGCCUGCUUGGGUGUGUUUGGUCUGAGCCUUUACACCACUGAGAGGGACCUGAGGGACGUCUUUUCUAAAUAUGGCCCACUGGCUGAAGUCAACAUAGUGUAUGAUCAGCAGUCACGUCGCUCGAGAGGUUUCGCCUUUGUUUAUUUUGAAAACAGUGCCGACUCAAAGGAGGCCAAGGAGCAUGCUAACGGCAUGGAGCUGGAUGGGCGCAGGAUCAGGGUGGAUUUUUCUAUCACCAAAAGAGCUCACACCCCAACUCCUGGGAUCUACAUGGGACGUCCGACCUAUGGUGGUGGCGGCGGCGGCGGCGGAGGUGGUGGUGGUGGUGGUGGUGGAGGUGGUAGUUCAUCACGACGAUUUUCUAGGGAGUACGACAGGGGCUAUGAUAGAGGGUACGAUCGAGGUUAUGAUCGCGACUACGAUCGCUACGAAGAGCGAGAUUACCGAUCGUACAGACGCAGAUCACCGUCGCCAUAUUACAGCAGAGGUUACCGCUCACGAUCUCGAUCCUACUCACCACGUCACUACUAGGCAACGAGGAUCAUCAACAGUGGUGGUGUUAACUUCCCAAUGCUUUUUUUUUUCUCCAUUUCUGUGUGUGAAAGGGACUUUUGCAUGUGUUAAUCUGUAAAAACGUUUUAUUUUUAUCUGCAACAAUGUCAAAGCCAGUGCUAAGUUUUUAAGUUUGAAUUAAUCAUAGAGGUCCAAAGUUUUUUUUUUUUUUUUUUUUUUUUUCUUUCAUUCUUCUCAGUUGUGUUCUUUUCCUGAACAUAAUUCUGUAUGUCAACUCAAGAAAAAAAGUCUUUUAAAAUAAUUGGAACAAUAAAUGCAUUGCUUUAAUUGA